GACAGUUUGCUGAUUUUCGGCUGAAAGAAACAGCCAUUAUCAAAUAUUCUAAGCGGCCUAUAAAGAGUGAAGCUCCAACCCAAACACUUCAAUUGAGCGGAAGAAAAGAAGCUGAAGAGACAAAAAAACAGAGAAUGGCAAGUGAAGAGGUGAAUUGCAGAGACAGAAGAUGGUCUCUCGAGGGAAUGACAGCUCUGGUCACCGGUGGAACCAGAGGAAUUGGAUAUGCCAUAGUUGAGGAACUAGCAGGCUUCGGAGCGGCAGUCCACACAUGCUCCAGGAACCAGAAAGAGCUGAAUGAAAGGCUUCAAGAAUGGCAAAGCAAGGGAUUCAAAGUAAGCGCUUCCGUUUGUGACUUGUCGUCGAGGCCUCAGCAAGAGGAGCUCAUGAAGACCGUCUCUUCUGUCUUUGAUGGCAAGCUCAACAUCCUUGUGAACAAUGCUGCAUCAACUCUGCUGAAACAAGCCACAGAAAGCACGGCUGAAGAUUACUCGAAUUUGAUGAGAACCAACGUCGAGUCGCCUUACCAUCUGUGCCAACUCGCGCAUCCCCUCUUGAAAGCCUCCGGAGCAGGAAGCAUCGUGUUCAUUUCCUCUGUCGCUGGCAUCACAGGUCUCCCCGCAAUUUCAGUCUACGCAGCAGCUAAAGGUGCUAUCAAUCAGCUAACGAAGAAUUUGGCGUGCGAGUGGGCGAGGGACAGUAUCCGGACGAACACCGUGGCACCAUGGGCCGUGAAGACGACGAUUAUGAAACCCGAGGAUGUUGAUAAGUCCAUUUCGAAUGCGUAUAUGCAACUAAUGCUAAGGACUCCUCUCCGGCCAAUGGCAGAGCCGACCGAGAUCUCGUCGGUGGUGGCGUUCCUUUGCCUUCCGGCGGCUUCGUAUAUAACUGGGCAAGUCAUUAGUGUUGACGGCGGAUAUACGGCUGGCGGAUUCAAGGCUACUGACAACUAGAGAUAUGAGAGUUGCAACGUUGUCUCGCCCUCCAUUUGGUAUUAAGUUUUGAAAUAGUGACACAAAAGGCAGAGCCAGAAGUUUAUGUUAGGUGGUAGUGCUCGUCUAUCCCAAGAUUUAAACUUUGAAUGUAACAUAUAUGUGUUGCAUUUGAUGGGCUUUUGUUUUUCUCAACUUGGUUCAAAUUCUGCCUUACCCUAGUUAAAGGUAGAUCAAAAAUUAUUAACGAUGGAACACGAGUGAUAACGCGUAA